UUCUUCUCAUUUAAAGCUGUAACUACAGGAGAAAAGGCACUCAGGCAGUCUGGGCUGGGUCUGCUUACAAGGAGACGAUCUCUCCGUAUUCAUGGUGCUGCUGUGACAACCUGAACACUUUUCCCUCUUCCCCCCUUUUUCAUUUUUGAUUUGCACACAGGGACGGCUCAUGUCUGCCUUGUAGAGAUGAUGAUCUGUGUGCGUUUAAGGAUUUUGGUUUUUCUGGCGGUCUCGCAGGUUCUGAUUGUGACAUGUCAGGAUGCAGACAGCGACGGCAGCUGCGAACAGGACGGCCAGAUCUACACCAACAACGACAUCUGGAAGCCGACGCCGUGCCGGAUCUGCGUUUGCGACAAAGGGAACGUUCUGUGCGACGACAUUCAUUGCGACGACGUGACCAACUGUGAGAAGAUGUACAUCCCGGAGGGCGAGUGCUGCCCCGUCUGCCAGGGCGACUCGCCCAGCACCGGCGGCGGCGGGACGGGGAGCGUCGGCGGAGGCAGAAUUUACAAGGGUCAGAAAGGAGAACCAGGAGAGGUUCCUUAUGUGACGGGGAUCCGGGGCCGACCCGGACCCAUGGGGCCGCCGGGGCCACCAGGACAUAGAGGACCUCACGGAAACAAAGGAAGACCCGGACUGCGAGGACUGCCAGGGUUCGAUGGAGAGCCGGGUAUUCCGGGCCAGCCUGGAGAACCGGGACCUCCGGGUCCUCCGUCACACCCGGGGGGGCUGGGAGCGCAUAUGGCUCAAGGAAUGGAUUCAAAAACAGGACCGCAGCACAUGCUGAGUGGAGCCAGGGGAGAAGCUGGAGCCAGAGGACCAGUCGGACCAAACGGCUCACCUGGUCACCCUGGACCACAAGGACCUGCCGGAGAAGUUGGUGAUCCUGGUCACAUGGGUUCGCCGGGACAGAGGGGACCGGAGGGCCCUCCAGGAAAACCAGGCGAAGAUGGAGAAGCUGGUAGAGCAGGAAAUUCUGGAGAAGUUGGAUUCCCUGGAUCAUCGGGACCAAGAGGAUUUCCUGGAACGCCCGGUCCGCCCGGCCUGAAGGGGCAUCGAGGUCACAUUGGGCCUCUUGGUCUAAAGGGUGAAGCUGGAGCUUUGGGAUCCAAGGGGGCUACAGGACCGCCUGGCCCGAUGGGAGCACCUGGACCCAUGGGUCCUGCUGGGAUGCCUGGCGAAAGAGGCCGGCCUGGACCUGGUGGAGUGGCAGGAAAGCGUGGCAUGCCUGGCAACAUUGGGAAACCUGGUCCACUGGGCCCGUUGGGUCUCAGCGGUCCUGCCGGGUAUCCAGGAGGCCCGGGAAUGAAGGGUCAGCCUGGUCCCACAGGGGUCAGAGGUCCAGAAGGCCCUCAGGGUCAGAGAGGAGAGACCGGUCACCAAGGCAGAGCUGGACCAGUUGGACUGAGGGGACCCAUGGGUACAGAUGGAGGCCCAGGAACCAAAGGACCAGUGGGUAACUUGGGUCCACAAGGUCCUGGAGGCCACCCUGGACCGUCCGGCCCACCAGGACCCCAGGGAAGCACCGGUCAGCCUGGCAUUAAAGGACAGGGGGGAGACGUUGGAGUUCCCGGUUUCAAAGGUGAAGCAGGACCAAAGGGAGAACCGGGUCCACCAGGUUCCCAGGGAGUGAUAGGACCUCAGGGUGAGGAAGGAAAGCGAGGAACACGUGGAGAUCCUGGCUCGGUGGGCCCUCCAGGGCCCGUCGGUGAGAGAGGUUCUCCUGGCAACAGAGGUUUCCCUGGUGCUGAUGGCCUGCCAGGACCUAAGGGUGCUCAAGGAGAUCGUGGCAUUUCUGGCCCUGCGGGCCCUAAAGGUUCUCUAGGGGACCCGGGCCGUCCAGGGGAGCCUGGUCUACCAGGUGCAAGGGGUCUUACAGGUACCCCAGGAGUCCAGGGGGCAGAAGGCAAGCCAGGGCCACUGGGUCCAUCUGGUGAAGACGGACGCCCAGGCCCGGCAGGAUCGAUUGGUAAUAGGGGCCCGGUGGGCACCAUGGGGGCCCCGGGCCCCAAAGGUUUCAGUGGUGAUCCUGGAAAAACAGGCGAACAAGGAUCUCCAGGAGUACUCGGUCAAAGAGGACCUCCAGGAAAAGAUGGAGAAGUUGGCCCUGCAGGCCCGCCCGGCCCGCCUGGCCCCGCAGGAGACAGAGGAGAGCAGGGGCCACCUGGCGUGAACGGAUUCCCGGGUUUGCCAGGAAACCAAGGACCCCCUGGAGAGUCUGGUAAACCAGGUGACCAAGGCAUUCCUGGAGAAAUUGGUCCACUUGGUCAAAUCGGACCGAGGGGCGAGCGAGGAAUCCCUGGAGAGAGAGGGGAACUGGGUGCAUCCGGCCUGCAGGGACCUAAAGGGAUUCCUGGAGCGCCAGGUCCAGACGGACCAAAGGGCAGCCCGGGUCCGCCUGGCACUCUGGGAGAUGUCGGUCCUCCUGGUCUUCAAGGGAUGCCAGGAGAGCGAGGAAUCUCUGGACCUCCUGGGCCCAAGGGUGAUCGGGGAGCCAUCGGUGAAAAGGGAUCAGAAGGUACGCCCGGAAACGACGGAGCAAGAGGAGCGCCCGGCCCCCUCGGCCCAGUGGGACCCGCCGGACCCAGCGGAGAAAAGGGGGAACCUGGACCCAAAGGGCCAGCCGGACCUCCAGGAUCCAGAGGAACUCCGGGAUCGAGGGGUGACCCCGGUCCGAUCGGCGCUGUUGGGUUCACCGGACCACAGGGUCCCGAUGGUCAACCUGGAGUGAAGGGAGAACCCGGAGAGCCCGGUCAGAAAGGAGAUGCUGGUUCUCCAGGACCGCAGGGUCUGGCCGGAGCCCACGGACCUCCGGGUCCAAUUGGUGUUUCUGGGCUGAAAGGAGGUCGAGGAACGCAGGGUGCACCGGGCCCCACUGGUUUCCCUGGAUCUGCAGGAAAAGUCGGACCGCCGGGCCCACCUGGCCCAGUCGGGGAAGCAGGGCCCCAGGGAGCCCCGGGCAAAGAGGGCCCCCCAGGACUCCGCGGGGACCACGGGUCGCCUGGGAGGCAAGGCGAGCGCGGCCCGGCGGGGCCCUCAGGGAGCCCCGGGGACAAGGGCGACCCUGGAGAGGACGGCCCCACGGGUCCUGAUGGCCCUCCGGGUCCGGCUGGAACCACAGGACAGAGAGGCAUCGUGGGUCUUCCUGGGCAGAGAGGAGAACGGGGCAUGCCGGGUCUUCCAGGACCAGCAGGGCCUCCAGGGAAGCAGGGCUCCCCAGGAUCAACGGGAGAUAAAGGCCCUCCAGGUCCGGUCGGCGUUCCCGGCGCUAACGGACCCCGUGGCGAUCCCGGUCCGGAUGGCCCGGCCGGAUCCGACGGACCUCCAGGGAAGGACGGCGGUCUGGGUCAGAGGGGAGACCGAGGAGAUUCUGGUCCGGAGGGUUUGAUUGGUCCACAAGGACUUCCUGGAACCCCGGGACCCGUCGGUGCCCCGGGUUCUCCAGGAAAGAGAGGCGAGCCUGGCUCAAGAGGACCCCAAGGACCACCUGGAGCAGCUGGAAAACGAGGACUGGUGGGACCACAAGGACCGAGAGGAGAUAAGGGUGACCUGGGCGAUCAUGGAGAGAGAGGACAGAAAGGACACAGAGGAUACACGGGUCUGCAGGGUCUUCCUGGACCUCCGGGCACAACUGGAGAGCAAGGAGCUCCUGGGAUAGUCGGACCGGGCGGGCCGAGGGGUCCUCCUGGGCCCAUCGGGCCUCCUGGAAAGGAGGGGUAUAUGGGUCAGCCGGGCCCGAUGGGACCUCCAGGGACACGAGGACUCAGUGGAGAAAUUGGGCCUCAGGGCCCUCCAGGAGAACCCGGACCCACCGGUCCUCCUGGGCCUCCAGGACCACCCGUGGCGGCUAUGGACGAUCUGUUUGGCGGCCCCCAGGAUUACGACUCCGGGCCCCCUCCUCCUCCAGAGUUCAGUGAAGACGAAGCCCUGCCCAACAGCAACUCCUCCACCAUCAUCCCCGUGGACCCGGGCGUCCAGGCGACCUUGAAGGCCCUCAGCAGUCAGAUCGACAGCAUGAAGAGUCCGGACGGCAGCAGGAAGCAUCCGGCCAGGACCUGCGACGACCUGAAGAGGUGCUACCCCAUGAAGACGAGCGGUGAGUACUGGGUGGAUCCAAACCAGGGCAGUUCAGAAGAUGCCAUCAAGGUUCACUGCAACAUGGACACCGGAGAAACCUGCAUCUCCGCCAACCCGGCCAGCAUACCUCGCAAAGUGUGGUGGACCGCGUCCAGGAACAAACCUGUGUGGUUUGGAGCCGACAUCAACGGCGGGACGCACUUUACCUACGGCAACAGGGAUCAGCCGGCGAACUCCGUGGCGGUGCAGAUGACCUUCAUCCGCCUGCUGUCCAAGGAGGCGUCUCAGACCGUCACCUACCACUGCAAGAACUCCGUGGGCUACAACGACGCCAAGGCGGGCAACCUGAAGAAAGCCGUGAUCCUCAAAGGCUCCAACGACCUGGAGCUGAAAGCCGAGGGCAACAACCGCUUCAGAUACACGGUGCUGGAGGACUCCUGUUCGCAAGCGUCCAGCAGCUGGGGCAAGACAGUGUUUGAGUACAGGACACAGAAAACAGCGAGACUUCCCAUAGUGGAUUUGGCCCCUGUGGACAUUGGUGGCCCCAGUCAAGAGUUCGGCAUCGACAUCGGGCCAGUAUGCUUCUUGUAAACUUCCUUAGACUGUUGGACUGACAGCUGACACGGUCAGAGUACUGAGGACUCUUCUGGCCCUGUGGCAGGAUAUUUAUUGUGCUUUUCACCCACAACAAGACAUCCAAGAUUUCUAAUUUUGUAUGAAUUUUUGGUUUUUAAGAAAAAUAAUUGGUAAAAAAAGAAAAACCUAAAUCAUUCCUUUGUCGUCUCGUGUUUGUUUGCUCAAAGCUUCAUGCAGCAAAUUUCACUCCACAAAUUGGACACAAAGUAACUGAGAGCUGCUGUUCAUAAGCGCGUGUCCCACUCUCAUUGCUUUUAUUAUUAUUGUUGUUACUGUUUUAAAUAAGAACUCUGUUUUAUGUUUGAAUUGAACACAUUGUGGUGCUAUAGAGGGGAAGGCAGCCCCGGAUGAUGAGUUCCCCGGAUCGCCGCACGGCCAGGCGGGGGAUCGGAUCGCUCCGAGUUAGCUACCUCGCCACCGACGCUCAGAAAUCAGAAAACCACGUGUAAAUCUGUCCUGCCAGGUGCUGUUUUCCAAGUGAUUUCUUCUCCCGGUGCAGAGCUGCUUGGGGUGUAAAUAAAGAUGAUGGAGGGACGAGUGAAGUCCUGUGUGGUGACUUUUGACCCAAAUAAACGGUACAGCAACAGGUAGCGCAAAUAUCACCAUCCAAUGCACGCCGGUUCCCAGUUUGCCGUAUUCUGGACUUAUAAUGAUGCUCUAGAAAUCCUUCUUAUAUUCAGUUUUUUAGAAUAACUAGCUGUCUGCUUUGUACUUUUUGCUUUGCAACAAAUUAAACUGAAUGCUUUUUAAUCGC